CGUAGGUUAUCCUGGCGGGUCUGUUCGACAUGCACCGGGCGGACCCCGAGGGCCGGGCGGGCCCGUGUAGCGAGCUGUCCCCCGAGGGCGUGGAGAGCCUCGAGGCCAUGCUGUUCGCCGUGGAGAACGUCAACGCCGGCGGGCUCGUGCCCGGAGUCACCUUCGGCGUGCAGGGUUACGACACGUGCGGCCGGGCGGACAUCGCCGUGAAGCGGUGCGUGGACUUCCUGUCGUCUGUCGGCAUGGACAACAUCGACCCUGAUGACUGCGAGAGCAAGGAGAAGAUAGUGCUCGGUGUUGUGGGUCCCAACCUGGACAGGGAGGCUGCGGAGGUGGCGCGCGUUCUCCGCGCGGUGCGGCUGCCUCAGAUCAGCCCCUCCGGUUCCAGGCUGUCGGCGUUCGAGAGGGACGGGCACUCCUUCUUCCUGCAGUCAGCACCGUCCGCGGGGUCAGCCGCACAGGGCGUCCUCCAGCUCGUUCAGAAGCUUGGAUGGACGUACGUGUCGCUGGUGUCGUCGGACGACAGUUUCGGCAACCAAGGCUCGCGGGCGUUCCGCGUGGCGGCAGAAGAGGCCGGCGUGUGCAUCGCCGUCUCCCAGAGGGUUCAGAACGACUCCACGGAAAACCUGCGGCGCACGUUCGACGAAAAGGUGAUCGACCGUCUCCUGAACAAAGCCGAAGACGGCGCCAGGGGCGUGGUGGUCUUCGCGACAGAGAACGUGCUGGACGCCCUGUUUUACGCGGCGGCGAGGAAAGGCGCGCGGCGGCUGCAGUGGAUCGUCACGGGGACGCCGCCGGAGAAGAUCCGGGCCGCCGAGUUGUUCUCAGCCGCUCGGGGGCUCAUCGUGGUCUCGCCGUCCCCGGACAUAGCGCAGAUCGACGUCUUCAAGCACAGCUUCGUGAACUUAGACCCGUACAGCAGGCAGGAGAACCCGUGGUUCCAGGAGUACUUCAUGGAGACCAAUCAGUGCGCGCUGGACAUGUUCUCUGACGAGUUAAGGUUCACGAAGUUCUCGGGCUACGAUCUGUGCGACAGGAAUUCCAAACGGGUGAUGGAGAGCACGCUAAAGGGCAGGGACACUGCCACUCUGGACCACAUAUCCUUCACCAUAGACGCUGUCUAUGCGUACGCCUUCGCGCUGAAGAAAGCGCACGAGAAGCGCUGCGGAGGAGCGCCCGGCAUCUGUAACGAGCUGCUCGAGUUUUCACAGAGAAAGAUGUUCCAGUUCCUGAAAGCCGUGAACUUCACGAACUUGGGCGGGAAGAAAAUCCAGUUCGACGGUCUCGGCAGCGCGAUUGGGAAGUUCAGCAUCUUCAACUACAGACCGACUGACAUGUCCAACAUCCGGGCCAGCACCUUUCAGUUUGACGUGGUGGGUACCUACAUGGAUGACCGGUUGAACCUCUCAGGAGAGGUAUCAGACCUUUUCAUGAACACCGACGACGGCCAGUCGGUUAGCUCGGCGUGUGAGGAGUCCUGUCAGGGCUGCCAGGUGCAGUCCAAGAACGCCAAGAACGACACCACCACGGACGGCUACGCCAAGCCCGAAAAAGCCAAGAUGGUCAUCCCAGCCCUCAUCCCGAUCCACGAGAGGGGCCCGACUCCCUUCACCUGCGGGACUAUCGACGAGAGCGGGGUGACGCAGGCAGAGGCGUUUCUCUACGCCUUGAACAAGAUAAACAAAGACGGCGCCAUCUUGCCGUCGGUUAAGCUGGAGGCAGUGAUCAUAGACACGUGCCAGAGCCCGCUGAAGGCCGCCCGGGACGUGGCGAACUAUCACAGCAGCAGGGACGGGAUGUCCGAUCCCAUGGUCGGGUACGUCAGCGGCGGGAGCCCCGAUAUUGUCGGCGACGUCGGGAACGUGCUGGACCAGUUUCAGAUCCCGCUGAUCAGCACGGGGCCCGUGGACAACAUGGGGAAGUACAACGUGUUGAGCAUGUCUCCCGCGGAGGACACUCAGAUCAAGGGACUGGUGAGCGUGUUAGACAAGCUUGGGUGGGCGUACGUGUCCGUGGUUGCGUCCGACCAGCACUACUGGAGGAAGAAGGCCAAAGUGUUCGAAGAAAUGGCGAACAAGUUCGGCAUCUGCAUCGCGGAGUUCUUGAUCCUGUCCCGCGGGAGCUCGCUCGCGCAGUUCGACUACGCCGUCAAGGUUCUCGCCAAGAGGGCCGGCGCGCGAGCCGUCAUCGUCUUCACGGAUAGGGACCACACCUGGGAGGUCGUCCGCGCCGCCAAACGACUCAACCUCGCCGGGGACUUCGUCUGGGUCGGCGGCCGGUCCAUAGAAGACCUCGCGUCGCGGUGGACGGAAUCGGGCAUCCGAAACGCCAUCGUGGUCACCCCACAGAAGGUCCAGACCCCCGGUUUCCAAUCACACUACGAGAACUUGAAUCCGAAAAACAACCGGAAGAACCCAUGGUUUAAAGAGUUCUGGGAAAGCCGCUUCCAGUGCUUCGUCGACGACGCAGCCGAGCACCAGAUGUGCUCGGGACACGAGAAGCUGGCGGGCACAUACAAGGAGGACUCGGUUCCCUGGUACACCAUCACCGCCGUCACCGCUCUGGCACACGGUCUUCAGAACGCGAUCAAAGGAGUCUGCGGGGCGACGAAGACCAUGUGCCCGCAGUGGACCAACCUGGUGGGCCGGGGGCAGAUGGUGUACCACACCACGCGGAACCUCACGGCCGUCAAGACCGAGCAGGGAGAGUUCUUCCGAUUCCGGUCGGACGGGACCGGUGACGUGGGGCUGGACAUCAUGAACCUGCAGAAAGUCAGGAGCAACACCAACAAGUUGGUGAAGGUCGGGGAAUGGCACCACACACUCAAACUGCAGCCGGAGGACCUGAAGUUUUACCGCGGCAACGGAAUCCAGCUGGCUCAGCCAAUCAAAUCCUUCUGCGACCAGGUCUGCCAAGAAUGUUUGACCCAAAACCUGACCGGACGUUUCACCGGGGAGCCGCCAGAAGCCAACCCGUUCGAAAACGUCAAGACGAUGUGGGGUGUGUCGGCCAUGAUCAUCUCAGCGCUUGGUACGGUCCUGGUCCUCGCCAUCUACUUUAAGGCGCAACUGCAGAAGCCCUUCCACAACAACAUCGCCUGGUCCCUGGGCCAUAUCCUGCUCCUGGGCAUCUUCAUGCUGUACCUGACGAGCUUCGUCUACGUGCUGGCCCCGACUGCGACCAUCUGCGGGAUUCGGAGGUUCGCGCUCGGGGUGAGCUACGUGGUCUGCCUGUCUGCUCUUCUCUCGCACGCCAUCUACGCCUGGAUCCGCGGCGUGCGAAAGGAAGAGUCGCCGUGCGAACUCGGGAUCGAGAAGAAGAUGCUCCUCCUGCUGGUGGCCCUCCUGGUGCUGGUGCAGGUGCUGCUGAACAUGGAGUGGUUGCUGGCUGAUCCUCCCAACGCCACUAUCCUCACGCAGGGGGAGUCCGCCACGUGGGUCUGUAACGCGCUCACGCACGAUCACCACCUCAUCUCCUUCAUCGUCUCCCUCCUGUACGCCAUGGUCCUCGUCCUGCUCACCACCCUGGCCACCACCAAGGCGUGGCUGGUCAACAGGAGCAGGGACACCCUCUGUGCGUGCGUGGCGGCCAUCUCAGCCAUCCCCAGCUGGCUCCUGUGGCUGGCCAUCUACACCAAAGCCGACAUCCACACCAGGGACAUUGUCAUCUGCUACAGCGCGUCCUUCAACGCGACCCUGUAUCUCAUGGUCAUCUUCCUGCCCAAGCUGAAGGUGAUCCAGAGCCACUGUUGCAAGAGUCAGAAGGAGAACGGCGCGGUGGACAUCAGGAGGUACCGGGAAACCCUGUGGAUAUCUGCCAACGGUCACGUCAACGGGUUCGCGCCUAAAGGUACGAGACAAGCAAGAGACACAGACAACAGUGACUACGACUGUCCAGACCCGGAGGAUGGAAAGCUAUAGACAAGAUACAACAUUAAGCCCUAAACCGUGCCACAAC